AUUUAAUCAAAACUCAUAAAUACGAUAAAUACGAAGCUUUUUUUAAGAAGGUAUUGGUCAAUUAGACAAUAUUUUAGUUGUUUAACGUAAUGGCGUCAAAUUCAAGUUCUAGUAAUCUUUUCUUUCCUUCCCAAACACCUGCUUCGCCAAAUUUUCUUUGUAAAGUAUGCCUUCGUUCAUUUCAUUCAGAACGUGGAUUGUUACUGCAUCGCAAAGCUAUCAGUAAAUGUAAUAGACUUACAGAACAUAUUACGUCAAAUUCAAGUUCUAGUAAUCUUUACUCUCCUUCCCAAACACCUUCUUCGCCAAAUUUUCUUUGUAAAGCGUGCCUUCGUUCAUUUCAUUCAGAACGUGGAUUGUUACUGCAUCGCGACACUAUCUGUGAAUAUAAUAGACCUACAGAACAUAUUACCAUCACGAACAAUUAAAGAAUUCCAUGAAAUUUUUGUAUAUUAUAUUCAUGAGAAAUUAAGCAAAAAUCACACCAUAGCUUUGGCUGGACGUCGAACAAUUUCUUCUCCCUGUACCUCAAAAGUCAAUUUUUCUCAUUUUCGUGGAUUUAUUCAUACUUUUCAAGUCAAGAGGGGUAUUUAUAUAAUUAUCUCAAAUUAGAAGAAAAAUAGAUUUAUUUAGAAAUUUAUAUAGAAAUAAUAAAAGGGCAUUGCUAAAUCUCACCACAGGUGAUUUUCACCGCACCAGCAUCAGCAAAUAUCAAUGGAGUUUCAUGACAUAUUUAUUUUAAUUCUGCCCGAAAUUCUUGUAAGAUGACAAUCAAAAGCGGUGAUAUUUAGCAAUACUCAAUAAAAUUGAAAUUUACCACUAGGUUUGAUUUUUUUUAUUAAUAAUUUGAAUUUUUU